CGAACCCGACCCGAUAAAAUUACUAAAACUAUGUCGUUUCAUAUUAAUAUAAGAUGGAAACCCUAGUUCAGUUCUAACUAGUUUUUGUUGUUAUCACUUUCACUCUUUUCAAGCUCUUCUUCUCAGAGAUUUAUUUGAUGGGGGCAAGAGAUAAAGACUUAACCGCUUAUGAUGAGGAGCCAAUAGACGAUGAAGAAAUAGAUAAUAUUGAUGGAGACGAGUCAGAUUCUGAGUAUGAAUCUGAGCCCGAGUCCGAAUCAGAGGAGGAAGAUGUGAAGCUAUCUGAACCUUCUAAGAAUGCUGUAUAUAAUAGAGAUGCUCUUAAUGAUAAACUUCAAGAUAUUAGCUGGCCGGAGAAUGUGAGUUGGAUACACAAGCUUUCCGUUGACAUUGAGCAAGAGCAAGAGGUGGAUGUGAAUGAUGACCUGGCACGAGAGCUAGCUUUCUACACUCAGGCAUUGGAGGGAACAAGGAAAGCUUUUGAGAAGUUAGAAACUAUGGGACUUCCUUUUCUUAGGCCUUCUGAUUAUUAUGCCGAGAUGGUGAAAUCUGAUAUUCACAUGGAGAAAGUUAAGGGUCGGCUUUUGGCUGAGAAGAGAAACAUUGAGGAGGCUGAGGAGAGAAGGAAAGCUAGAGAAUCUAAGAGACUUGCUAAAGAAAUUCAGGCACAAAAGCAGAAAGAAAGAGCUGCGCAGAAAAAAAUGGAGAUAGAGAAUGUUAAGAAGUGGAGGAAGCAGAGGCAGCAAAGUGGGUUUGCUGGGGGUGACAAAGAUGGUGAAAUGAAUUUGCCCUUCGAGAAUGGAGAGGCAUUGGGAAGGCCAAACAAGAGGAGACCAGGGGUAUCUCCAGGCGAUCGGUCCGGAGGGAAAUCAAGACAAGAUUGGAAAAAGGGGAGCAAAAAAGGAUUUGAGAAUAAACAGAACAAAAGAGAUGCAAGAGAUUCCAGAUUUGGAUAUGGUGGGAGGAAAGGUCUAAAGAAGCAGAAUACAGCUGAUACGACUGGCAAUUUGAGAGGCUUCAACAAGGGUGGUCUGCAAGGAAAUAAGAAAAGGAAGAGGUGAUAAGCUUGCCUUUAGAUUCUGCUUCAUUCAAGAUUUCGUGUGAACCAGUUGUAUCAGAAUCAAAUUUUGGAGUUUUACAUAGUAUUUACAGUUACUUUUGGAAAGGGUUGUAAUAGCAUUAAGUUCGUCUUUUCUUUCUAAUUCCCAUAAACUCGUGGCAUUUGAUCUUAAAGUGACAAUAUCAGUAGUUUUCCUUUUUCCUUUUC